AUGGCGGCGGACGCGCAGGUUACAGAUACACUGAAGAGGUUUGCUGUGAGGGUGACCACAGCCAGUGUCAAUGAGCGCAAAGAGAUUUGUGCGGAACUCAGAAAAUGUCUAAAAGGAAAAACUUUACCAGAGCCAGCCAUCAAAGGACUGUGCAAACUCUUCUGCCUCACACCUCACAGAUACCGGGAUGCCGCAUCCCGAAGCGCGCUGCUCUCCGUUAUCGCCCAGCUGGCUGAGAGUCAGCCGGACAUCCUGGUCGCCAACCUGCUCCAGUGGCUGCUCAACAGUGGAGUGGUCAACGUCAACGGUGAUCCCAGUAAAUCCUCCGCCUCCGCUGCCUUUGUUGGCCUUUCCUGGACAUGCCUUCUAGUCAGCAGUGUAUUUUCUGACCCAGAGAAACGAGAAGGACCUCUUUGGAAGAAAAUGGUGGAGGUUCAAAGCCUUCUCCUGGCCGAAAUUACGGGUGCGGCCAAAUCCACUGCUCAGAAAUCAAGCCUUAAGAAACUAUGUCACCUCUGGGAACAAUACCCUGGUCUGGUGGAUACCUACAUCUCCACUUUGUUGAGCCUGGAUCCGAGUCCCACCACCAUGAUAAUGCUUGGAGUUUGUCUGGAUUUCUGUAACACCAAGAAGGAUAUUGCUACCAUAGAGAAGCAUAAGAACGCCAUGCUGGAUCUGUACAUAAAGUCGGUGCUGAUGAGUAAGACCAAACCCCCGGCGCACGUCCUGGUGAAGAGCGGCGCUUUGCUUCGUCAUGUUUCUCACGUGGAGUUCAAAGAGCUGCUGCUGCCCACUGUCCAGAAGACCAUGCUCCGCAGCCCUGAGAACGCCAUGCAGACCAUCUCCUGCCUGUUGUCCAGUGUCACUCUCGACCUCAGCCAAUACGCCAUGGAUAUCGGAAAGGCAAUUGCAAGUCAGAUGAAGGCGAACAAUCCCCGUCUGAUGGAAGAGGCGGUCGAGGCCAUGCAGAAUCUGGCUCAGCAGUGCAGUGACGCCACCGCAGUUCAGGACAUCGUCACACACCUGUUCAAAAUCCUUGGAGGCUCUGAAGGGAAGCUCACAGUUGUGGCCCAAAAGAUGAGUGUAUUGUCAGGUAUUGGCAGCUGCAGCCAUCACGCCGUAUCCGGAACCUCCAACCAGACUCUCAGCUCUGCAAUCACGGCCGCGUUCAUCCCAUAUUUACAACAAGAAGUUCACGAGGGCACGCUGGUCCACGCGGUCUCGGUGCUGUCUCAGUGGAGCGGCCGCCUCACACUAGAAGUGCCCUCAGCUCUCAUCGACUGGUUCAAAAAAGCCUUCACCCUGAAGACCUCCACCUCCUCUGUCCGCCAGGCCUACCUCCAGACCAUGCUCGGGGCCUUCAAAGGUGACACGCUGUCCCAGGCCGCAGAGCUUGUGCCGUUGCUUUUACAAACGGUUGAGAAGGCGGCUGCACAAAGCUCCCAGAAUGCUUUGCUCUCAGAGGGAACCACUGCCUCUGUGCUGCUGUGUCGCCUGAGCCUCCUGGACUCACAGCCAGAAACAAAGUUUGCAAACUUCUGGAAGUUGAUCUUGGAUGAGAAAAGCCCUCUUUUUACAACGGAAAAAUUCCUCUCUCAGGCCAAUGAUGAAACUCUGUGCACAGUGCUGCAGCUCUCUGAAAGACUCUUCCUGGACCACGCCCACCGCCUCAACAACAGUAGAUCCAAGAUGUACCACUCUGCCACAGUAGCUGCGCUCCUGUCCCGGUCGUGGGGGGUGAGGAAGCGGGCUCAGCAAACGGUGAAGAAACUGCUGUCGUCGCUGGGAGGCUCCAGUUUGGCCCAUGGGCUGAUGGGAGAGCUGCGAGCAGUCAUCAACAAACACAAGGUUCUGCCCUCGGACGUCCUGGUCUCAGAGUCCGGAGAGUUGACUGAAGUGGGUCGCAGUUAUGUUCCGCCUCGUGUUCUAUUGGAGGCUCUCUGCACCAUCUGCUGCGCCGCGGGGCAAUGGGGCGACCCGAACGAAGCCCAGAGCCUGGCCAUGGAGACGGUCAUAAUCAGCCACCACCCGUCAAUAGUGGGUGUUCGCCGUGGUCUGUGGCCUGUGCUCUUGUCGUCGAUGAACGUCAAAGCCGAAGACUUUAUUGAGAGAAAUCUGGAUACGCUUCUCCCACAUCUGCUGGACGUCAACGCGGACAACCAGGCGGUCAGAAACGCUGUUGGGGCCCUCUCCUGCCUGUCUCCACAAAAGCUAAUGCCGCGGGUCAUCGGUCACAUGGUGGAGGGUUUCUCACGCCCCGCUCUGCUCCAGGUCACGCGGGACGAGUACAGCACCAUGCUCACGCCAGCCGGGGAACUGUUCGACAAGAGCAUCAUACAAAGUGCCAAACAGGAGGUGAAGAAUAAGAACAUUAAGAGGGAAAACAAAGCUUAUGCCUUCAAAGAUCAAAUCAUUGAAAUGGAGAUCGAGGAGGAAAUUAAAAAGAAGAAAGGUAUCAAAGAUGAAGUUCAACUAUCGGCCAAACAGAAGGAGAUGGUUCAGGCGCAGCUCGAGAAAGAAGCUCUGGUCCGAGAACGACUCCAGGAGCUGGAUUUGCAGCUGCAGUGUGUGGUGGGUCUCCUGGAGGCCGUUCUCAAAGAAGGUCCUGCUCGGAUCACACAGGAGCUGCCCAGUGUCCUCCAGGUCCUAAUGCCCCUCCUGCACUCACCCCUCGCUGCUCCCAGAAUCAGACAGGUGUUCCUCGACAUCGGGGUCUGUCUCAUGCCGAAACAUCUACACAACCUGGCCGUCCUUGUCGGUCAUGUGACACUCCGACUGCUGAAGCCGGAGUGUGAGCUGGAGGCCGCCUGGACUCAAGAGGAUCUGAACACUGCUACUCACCGCACCGUGAUGCUGCUUCACCAACACACCGUGCAGCAACGCGAGGGGAAGACGCCGGACGUGGGGCCUCUGUCGGCACCUGCCUUCUCCUACUGCUUCCCGCUCCUGAACGCCACGCUCAAAGAGUCUUCCGGAAGCACAGAGGAGGCGGAGGCCAUGAUGCUCCAGGCCCUGCAAGUGGUCAACCAGCACUGCCAGCUGCGGGCCGACACCGAGGCUGACCAGAUGCUCAUCGACGAGAAUGGGCCAGAGCUGCUUCCACGUAUGAACAUGCUUGUGCUGUUGAUAAAGGUUAUCUCUACAGCAACGCCAAGACUCCAGGUGUUGGCGUCCCAGUGCCUCACCAGUCUGUGUGCGAGCGCAGGGGGAGGAGACGGCUGCACUGUGGCCGAGCAGUCGGAGAUUGACGUCCUGCUCAGCGCACUGCUCUCGUCCUGCUUCUCCGUGAGGGACGCUGCUCUCCGGGGCCUAUUGGAGAUGGAGUUUGCGUUGCCCACCGACAGUUCUGAGUCAAGCGGCAUGAGUUUACUGCGCAGGCUUUGGGUUGCUAGGUUUGAUGUGGAAGAGGAAGGAAGAAGCCUGGCUGAAAAACUGUGGGAGUCUCUUUGUCUGGAGCUAGUGCCCGAACUUUGUGCCUUGUUGAUCGGAGACGUGACUCACCACGAGGAGGUGGUCCGAACGGCGGCAGCUGAAGCUCUGUCCUCUGCCAUAUCCCAGUACAAAGACCAGUCUGCUACAGUGCUCAGCCAACUCACAGAGCUCUACCAGGAAAAACUAUAUAGACCGCCCCCUGUUCUUGACGGCCUUGGACGGGUCAUUUCAGAAUCUCCGCCUGACCAAUGGGAGGCCAGGUGUGGCAUCGCUCUGGCUUUGAACAAAUUGUCUGAGUUUUUGGGCGAGUCUCAGAUCACCCCACUCUUCCUCUUCUUUGUGCCCGACGCCCUGAACGACCGCCACGCUGAAGUGCGGCGCUGCAUGCUGGACGCCGCACUCUCUGCUCUCAACACACACGGAAAGGACAAUGUGAGCUCCCUUCUGCCGGUGUUUGAGGAGUUUUUGAAGAACGCGCCUCAGGACGCGAGCUACGACUCGGUGCGUCAGAGCGUGGUCAUCCUCAUGGGCUCUCUGGCCAAACAUCUGGACAAGAAUGACCCCAAAGUGAAACCUAUUGUCGCCAAACUCAUCACCGCUCUGUCCACUCCAUCACAGCAAGUCCAGGAGUCUGUUGCGAGCUGCCUGCCUCCUCUGGUCCCCGCCAUCAAAGAGGACGCAGCAGGGAUCGUGAGGAACCUGCUGCAGCUUCUGUUAGAGAGCGACAAAUAUGCAGAGCGGAAGGGCGCGGCCUACGGUCUGGCUGGACUUGUCAAAGGCCUCGGGAUCCUGGCUCUGAAGCAGCAGGAGAUCAUGGCCACCCUGACGGACGCCAUCCAGGACAAGAAGAACUUCAGGCGUAGAGAGGGAGCGCUGUUUGCGUUUGAGAUGCUGUGUAACAUGUUGGGGAAGUUAUUCGAACCAUACGUGGUCCAUGUGCUGCCUCAUCUCCUGCUCUGCUUUGGAGAUGGAAACCAGUACGUCAGAGAGGCUGCGGACGACUGUGCCAAAGCUGUGAUGAAGAACCUGAGUGCUCAUGGAGUGAAGCUGGUGCUGCCCUCGCUGCUCAUGGCUCUGGAAGAGGAGUCGUGGAGGACAAAAGCAGGUUCUGUGGAAUUGCUGGGAGCCAUGGCGUUCUGUGCCCCUAAGCAGUUGUCUUCGUGCCUGCCCAGUAUUGUGCCCAAACUCACGGAGGUCCUGACUGAUUCACACGUGAAGGUCCAGAAGGCCGGACAGCAGGCUCUGAGGCAGAUUGGCUCUGUCAUCCGCAACCCUGAGAUCCUUGCCAUCACCCCCAUUCUCCUGGACGCGCUCACAGAACCGUCCAAAAGGACACAGACCUGUCUCCAGACGCUGCUGGACACAAAGUUCGUCCACUUCAUCGACGCUCCCUCCUUGGCUCUCAUCAUGCCCAUUGUGCAGAGGGCCUUCCAAGACAGAUCCACAGACACUCGUAAGAUGGCCGCCCAGAUCAUUGGCAACAUGUACUCCCUUACUGACCAGAAGGAUUUGUCACCGUAUCUUCCAAGUGUCAUUCCUGGACUCAAAACGUCUCUGUUGGACCCUGUGCCAGAGGUGCGCACAGUGUCGGCUAAGGCCCUGGGCGCCAUGGUGAAGGGGAUGGGCGAGUCCUGCUUCGACGACCUGCUGCCGUGGCUCAUGGAGACUUUAGCUUCAGAACAGAGCUCUGUGGACCGUUCUGGAGCCGCACAAGGUCUGGCAGAGGUGAUGGCUGGGCUGGGGGUGGAGAAGCUGGAUAAGCUGAUGCCAGACGUGGUGCAAACAGCCAGUAAAGUGGACAUUGCAUCUCACGUUAGAGACGGAUACAUCAUGAUGUUCAUCUACCUCCCGCUCACCUUUGGAGAGCGCUUCACUCCGUAUGUGGGGCCCAUCAUCCCCUGCAUCCUCAAGGCUUUGGCGGAUGAGAACGAGUACGUCCGAGACACAGCGCUGCGAGCAGGACAGAGGAUCAUCAGUAUGUACGCUGAGACCGCCAUCGCUCUGCUGCUGCCUGAGCUCGAGCAGGGCCUGUUUGACGACCUCUGGAGAAUUAGGUUCAGCUCAGUGCAGCUUCUGGGUGACCUCCUGUUCCAUAUUUCUGGUGUCACUGGAAAAAUGACGACUGAGACAGCUUCUGAGGACGAUAACUUUGGGACGGCACAGUCCAAUAAAGCCAUCAUUGGGGCGCUUGGGGCAGAGAGGCGUAACCGGGUGCUCUCUGGUCUCUACAUGGGACGGUCCGACACUCAGCUGGUCGUGCGACAGGCUUCACUCCACGUCUGGAAGAUUGUGGUCUCCAACACUCCCAGGACCCUCAGAGAAAUCCUCCCCACCCUCUUCACCCUCUUACUGGGCUUCCUGGCUUCCACCUGCCCCGACAAGAGAACGAUUGCUGCUCGGACACUCGGAGAUCUGGUGAGGAAACUGGGAGAAAAGAUUCUUCCGGAGAUUAUCCCCAUUUUGGAGGACGGACUGCGCUCGGACAAAAGCGACGAGAGGCAGGGAGUGUGCAUCGGCCUCAGUGAAAUCAUGAAGUCCACCAGCAAAGAUGCGGUGCUGGUAUUCUCGGAGUCCCUGGUCCCGACUGUGCGGAAGGCCCUGUGUGACCCGCUGGAGGAGGUCCGGGAGGCUGCAGCCAAAACCUUUGAGCAACUCCACGCAACCAUCGGUCAUCAGGCUCUGGACGACAUUCUACCCAUGCUGCUCAAACAACUGGAUGAUGAAGAGACCGCAGACUUCGCCCUGGAUGGUCUGAAGCAGGUUAUGGCCGUGAAGAGCCGCUCUGUUCUGCCCUAUCUGGUCCCAAAACUGACUGCCCCUCCUGUAAACUCCCGAGUCCUGGCCUUCCUGUCGGCUGUGGCUGGGGAUGCUCUGACCCGUCAUCUCGGGGUCAUCCUGCCUGCACUGCUCUCCUCACUCAAAGAAAAACUGGGGACGGAGGAAGAAGCCCAGGAGCUGCUCAGUGCGCAGACCGUGAUCCUGUCCGUGGAGGAUGAGGUCGGACAGAGGAUCAUCAUCGAGGACCUCCUGGAGGCGAGCCGCGGUCCAGACCCCGGAGUCCGGCAGGCCGCGGUCACCAUACUCAACGCGUACUUUGCCCGCACGAGACUGGACUACAGCGCCCACGUCAGGACCCUCCUCUCAGGCCUCAUCAGGCUGCUCAACGACACCAACACUGAGGUCCUCACGCAGAGCUGGGACACCAUCAAUUCCAUCACCAAGAAACUGGAUGCGAGCAGCCAACUGUCGCUCAUAGAUGAUCUUCACAGAGACAUUCGGUCAGCAGCUGCAGAUGUGAAGGGCCAGCACCUGCCUGGAUUCUGUCUGCCCAAGAAGGGCGUGACCUGUAUCCUGCCCGUGCUCAGAGAGGGCGUUCUCACUGGCAGCCCGGAGCAGAAAGAGGAGGCGGCUAAAGCGCUGGGCGGGGUCAUCAGACUGACCUCCCCCGAGGCUCUGCGGCCCUCUGUGGUCAACAUCACCGGACCCCUCAUCAGGAUUCUAGGAGAUCGUUUUGCCUGGACCGUGAAGACCGCUCUGCUGGAGACACUCACACUGCUGCUGGCCAAGGUGGGCAUAGCGCUGAAGCCCUUCCUGCCGCAGCUGCAGACCACGUUCCUAAAGGCGCUGCAGGACUCGAGCCGCGCGGUCCGGCUCCGGGCGGCCGAGGCCCUGGGGCAGCUGGUCUCCAUCCACGCCAAAGUCGACCCACUGUUCACAGAACAGCUCGCCGCCAUUCGGAACGCGGAAGACGCCGGAGUCAGGGAGACCAUGCUUCAGGCUUUACGCUUCGUGAUCCAAGGGGCUGGUUCUAAAGUGGACCCAGCAAUCCGCAAGAACAUCACCACCACAUUACUGGGCAUGAUGGGACACGACGAGGAUGCCACUCGGAUGGCCUCCGCCGGCUGCGUGGGCGAGCUGUGCGCCUUCCUGUCAGACGACGAGCUGAAAGCAGUCCUAACUCAGCACGUAUUGGCCGAUGUGUCAGGAGUAGACUGGAUGGUGCGUCACGGCCGGAGCAUGGCCCUGGCUAUCGCUGUCAAAUCUGCCCCAGAGAAACUAUGCGCAAAAGAAUACAAAGAAACUGUGACGGAGACCAUUUUAGCAAACGCCACCGCAGACCGAAUUCCCAUUGCGGCCAGUGGAAUCCGAGCCCUGGGGUUCCUCGUCAGACACCAGCUCCGAUCUGAGGGAGCAGGCAGCAUCUCACACAGAAUUAUUACGCAGUUUGUCAAGUCUCUGCAGAACCAGUCCAGUGAUAUCCGGCUGGUGGCAGAGCGAGUGCUGUGGUGGGUGUCCAAGGACCCUGCGGUGCCUGCGUUGGAGGCAGGUCUCAUGAAACCUCUGAUCAAGACUCUGCUCGACAACACAAAGGACAAGAACACCACAGUCCGAGCACAGAGCGAACACACAAUCGUCAACAUGCUGCAGCUAAGACAAGGCGACGAAACUAUGCAGGCUGUCACUGCAAUCCUGGACUCCGCAAGUAACGACCUGUUGUCCGAGUGCCAUCGGCGAUCUUUGAAGAAAAUCUCAAGCCUCCCAGAUUCCAAUGAAGAGAUUGACGACACCCUUUUAACGUGA